AUGUCGCGCUUCGUUACCUGUGCGGACAAGUGUAGUAAAGCAGCCGCAUGCAGGUGGCGUCUUGUCGCAUCAAACCAUUUGUUGGUGGAAUACAUAUCUGCGCCGGGCAUGCUCCGUCCUGUGGGAGGUGAUAGGGAGAAGACCAAGAAGCGGUCCGCUGCCAUCGUUUCCAAGUGGAUGGCGCACGGCACCAUCGGCGACAUGACUGGUGGUGAUAUGAGAGCACAGCUGGGGGCGAUUAAGAGAGGGUUCGGUGAAGAGCAGGUGCAGGCCGUGGCCUGGGACUUCGGAAGGUGGCUUGGCGGCAAGAUGGCUAGGCGAUCUAUGGUUCGGACCACGGCGAGCGGGACGCGGCCAUGGAUGCGUACAAGUAGACGCCGCCUCACGCGGGAGUCUAUACUUGCAGAACUGUGGCUCGCGGAUCCCGUCAUCGAUUGGAAGCAUGGAUCAACGAGUUCAGGGGCUUUGCUCUUCGUUAUUAUGUUAACAGCUGUUGCACAAGAUUAUGACAGUCGCUUGGAACGCGCUGAUGCUGAGUUAGAUCGCUCUACUCGUACCUGCCGUAUCGUUCUUGUGGGGCAUCCUACGCCUGCUGCUGGGGCCAGCUUUUCCGUGUCAGAGUUCAACCUCCAUUGCUGGUUGGCCACUCCAGUCGGUGGCACCGAUUCUGCCACCUCCAACGGCAGCAAUAACACGGAUGCGCUCGUAGAGGUGCGGCUUGGCCAGAGCUUGCUCAACUUCGUCUUAAGUUCCGGAGCCAUGUCCAAUAUGCUGGGUGUAAACAUCGACUUGAGUGCGUCUGCACGGCCUGCAGUGGAGCAGUCGCAGGUAUCGGGCGCACAGGCUCCAACCUAUGGAAGCUAUGGAUACAGCAGCAGCUCCUUGGGCACAGGGAAGGUCAGGGCCCUUGAUGGCAACGGCACCUUGGGCCCAGAGGACUGGGGCCUUGACAUUGUUAACGUGCCUCACCUGCAGCUGGUGGAUUCGGUGGUGUCAGGAAUCCCCUUGAGCAGCGUGGGACCAUUGCUGCAGAUCCUCAACUGCAGCACCCUGACCACACGAAAUGUAACCCUGGAAGCACUGCAUCGCCCGCCAGAUGUCAUGGAUAGGGUGUAUGGUGCAGUCCGUGUUACUCGGGUGCAAGCCGCGAACCUGGAUGGCAUCCAGUGCUCAGACGUCCAAGGUGCAAUGGGUUGGGCCUGUCUUCUCCUUCAGGCCAAUCCCCGCGGCACCGUGUCCUUGAGCAACAGCUUAUUCGUCAACAAUUCUGCGGAAGACGUCCAGCAGAUCGCAUCGGCUGAAGAAGGAACAAGCGAUCAAAAGGAGCCAGCAUUGCGCCCCCUUUUGACAUGCAGAAACAAUGGCUACUCCGAUACAGACUUCCUAGCGGCUGGUUAUGGUGCCGUCCUUAUUGUUUACAAUGCGCAGUGCGAUGCCAGUGUCAGGAACAAGGCCAUGGUUUUGGUGCAUCGAACAGUCAUGAGCUACAACAGCGGAGGUUGUGGAGCAGGCAUUGCAGUUAGAAAUCCGCCGGAGAGGAGGCUCACGGAUGAGGGGAAGUGGUGCAAUGCAGCACCCAUCGAUCUAUAUUUCGCUGUCACGGAAUGCACUUUCACACAUAAUACAGCCGAUAUGGAUGGAGGCGCCAUUCAUUGCAGUAAUGUCGUAAACGGCACACUUUACAGUAACAUAAGUGAUGGGUCCGUCCUGUCAUUCAAUACCGCUGGAGGACGUGGCGGAGGUGCAUAUCUUAGGAGUAUUAACAUCGAGUAUGUUGACGUCACGAGCUCUGAGGUAUCGUACAACAAAGCAACCGGUGGGAGCAUAGGCAACAAGGAUGGUGGCGGUGGAUUGUAUUUGACAUCGACAAACAGCCUCAGAGCUCUCACCAUUUACAAUAGCACUGUAAAUGAGAACAGCGCAGCCUUGUUUGGGGGAGCCGUUGCCGUAAAUAUUCUUGGAGAUGGUACAGGUGAUACAGCUGGAGAUGGUGGCAGCUUACUGCUGACCGGCAGCUCGUUGCGUAACAAUGCUGCCGGUCUUCAUGGUGGAGCUAUGUAUGUCUUUACAGGGGCUAAGGCAACCUCUACGCCCAUCCGCUUUGCUGCAGAUGAAGGCAGCAUUCUUUCUGGAAACCAAGCCAGUUUCAGAGGGGGCGCCAUCGCCAUAGAUGGGGGAGCUGCUGGAGACAUGCUGCUGCAGCUAAGCGGUGGUAGUAAGCUGUUCCACAACGCAGCCCUGGAUGGAAGCGGUGGCGCUGUUUACAUUAAUUGUGCACGUAUUCGAUCCUUGAAUGCUACAGAUGCCACAAUCUCUGGUAAUAAUGCAACCUGCCGUAAUACUUACACUUGUGGUGGGGGUGGAGGCAUCUACAUGUACACAACGAAGGGCCCUAUGCCACAUAUUUCCUUCAGUGGACAGACACUGUUCGCGAACAACACAGCAGACCGUAAUGGGGGUGCACUUUUCGUGUUUCAUGAUAGCAGCAACACCGACAGUGGACACGGGAUUUUCCUUAAUGGAAGCACAUUCGUCGGCAACAUUGCGUCGACUGGAAGUGGUGGAGCUGUGUUCGUGAAGCAAUCCUCAGGGGGUCUGGCCACGCUGCAAAUGUCAAACACGUCUUUCCUGAGCAACGUUGGCUUGUGCCAGGGUGGGGCUGUGUUUUUGAACAUUUCAGGCACAGUUCCCAUCAACCAACCUGCUGGAGAGCUGAUAAAUGGCACCCUGGGCAGUGUAGUAAUUACGGACAACAGUGUUCUUGCAUACAACUCAGUCCCUAGGCGCAUUCAAAGCACUGAGUGCCCCUUGGUAAGCUCUGAUGGUGGUGCAAUCUAUAUUGCAGCCAACCGGAUAGACCUCCCCUUGACAGUAGCAGGCAGGUCGUCCAUCAUCGAAAACUCGGCCGCAAGCAGUGGUGGAGCAAUUUAUGUACAGGCCUUGACAUUCCUGCCACAAGGAGGGUUCAUAAUAUCGGACAGAAGCAAUGUAUCAUCCAAUACAGCUGGGGGCAGCGGCGGGGCUGUACAUCUGUCUACUUCUUACAAGGGAAGUGACGACGGUUAUAAUGUAAGCGUUUUGAAUAGCUCAGUAGCCAACAACUUUGCUAGUGCUGGGGGUUUUUUGUACUUCAGUACACCUUCUCUAAAUUUACGAUUGAGGACGGCUGGCAGUCGCGUGGUUGGCAACCGAGCUUUAAAUUAUGGUGGUGGAAUUUACGUACAAUCAAGUGAUGGUAUGUUGAACGCCACUGUAGAGGACAGGAGCCUUAUUGCUUUAAACGAAGCUGGAAUAGAUGGCGGGGCUCUUUAUUUCAUAAAUGGUCAGGCCUUUGACUUGUAUGUCACCGGUGAGUCCAGCAUCCUCAGAAAUCAGGCUUUGUCCAAUGGUGGUGGUAUGUAUGUCGUUAUCGCCAAGAAAAUAAGUGGAACUGCACGUGGAGCGGGAAUUUUCAUCAACGAAUCAAGCACUAUCUCGAGCAACACUGCCAUUUCUGGUGGCGGUGGCGCAAUUUAUGUGAAGGGCUUACUCUAUAACUUUUCUGUGGAUGGUCUCAGCCGAAUCGAGAACAACAUUGCAGGUGGCGAUGGUGGCGCGGUGUUCCUUGAUGCCCUAUCUGGUGCUGCCAAUGCCGGCGAUGAAUCAUACAUCGGUAACGUGACUUGGGACGGCAUGAGCACGCUCUUAAACAACAGUGCAGGAGGCAAGGGCGGUGGACUUUAUGCUCUGGCUAAGACUGUGGAAAUUUCCGUGCUUGGAGCAUCGAGUUGGUCCAACAACAACGCGAAAGAUGACGGAGGGGUGCUGUAUGUUGACACUGGGGAUUACAUUGGCGAUGCUAGCCGAAUCCUCACAAGCGGGAGGACCCAGCUCUGCAACAAUUCUGCCCUAAACGGAGGUGCAUUUUAUAUUCGCGGUUUUGCUGAGCUAACUAUUAGUAACGAAAGUUCCAUCAUUAAUAAUACAGCGGGCUAUGAUGGUGGCGCAAUUUAUUUGGCCCAGCUGCCCCCAGGACUCCGCAUUCACUCCUGCAAAUCUUCUGAAAACAUGGCAGCGCGAGGUUCAGGAGGCGUUCUUUUCGUGUCGACGGUUGCUCCGAAACUACUACCUCAAGCAACACGGCCAAACUGUGUGCUGCCACUCAGAACCAUGAGUGUGAGCGUUGCCAGGUCCUUGUUUGCCAGCAACACCGCAGGGGCGGCAGAUGGUGGAGCAUUCUUUUUCAAGCCCCAUGGGACCUGCGGAGACGACACCCAACUCUUCCUUAACAUCGACGACUCCGUGUUUGUUGGGAAUACAGCCACUGGUGCUGGCGGGGCGGUAGCCUUGCGUGAUGCGUCUCUUACAAAAUCUCGCAUCACAAUCAAUGGAACCACCUUCAGCAAUAACUCAGCAGGGGCUAUGACGGGCGAUUUCACAAGUUUAGCUAGUUUCGGUGGUGCGGUACUGGUUUGGCGUGAGCCAACUGCCGGCACUAGAUCGAACUUCAAUGAUGUAUGCCAGCUGACGAUAGGCCAUACAACCUUCGAGGCCAACAGCUGCAAUGGAGGAUCUGGGGGGGCUGUCAUGGCGAUCUCUUGUGGCUCGACGUUUUCAGGAUGCAACUUCACGUCGAAUCGGGCAAUGCUCAGUGGUGGGGCUAUAGGCGCCCUGCAUAUGGCUCGCUCCACGGCUACUCUCAUGCUGCCGACAACUACAACACUUGCCGCCGCUACCGCUGGUUUGGACGUGGGGCAACAAUGUCAGCAGGGCAUGUCGGCGCAACAGCGAAGGCAUCUGCUUCGCCAAUCUCCGAUGAGCAGCAUGCAUCACCGGGAUCUGAUGCAAGCAGAGAUGUUGCAGACAUCUACUGACGAUUACAGUGGUGGCAAAGGGGAUGCCAACACUACUGAUGAUGUCCGUCUUAAGCUUUUGCAUGGCAGCAGCACUACCUGCACCAACAGCUUGUAUAGGAAUGCAAACUGGUCUGUGAGCCUGACAGAUUGCAGCUUCGAUCAUAAUAUAGCAGAUCUUGAAUAUGGAGGGGCCCUCUACCUAUAUGCAUCAUCAGAUGCCGGGAGGAUUCACAUUGCCAGCUGCAACUUCACGCGGAAUGCAGCUGCACAACGGCUUGCUGGGGCAGCACUCCUUGCAGCACGAGGAAUUGGCACCACCGUUCACGUCUCUGGAUCAUCUUUUGUGGGCAAUACUGUUGAGGUUGCCAGUGCGGGAGGACUGUACACCAUGAUUGGCGCAGGUGCUUGUGCUGAGGUUGUGAACGUCAGCAUGAACAAGAAUGAGGCUGCGAUAUCCGGCGGUGCUGGCAUAUUUGAUGUACGGAGCAAGGGUGUUCUGUUAUUACUGAACGUGACAGCAGUGAACAACACUGCCAUUGGUGGCAAUGCUGGAGCGAUUCAGUUACAAAUUGAAAGGGACGCGGAUGUGUUACUAAACGGCUGUAAUUUUGUUAACAACAGAGCAUCCGGUAAUGGCGGCGCGGUGCUCUUGGAUGCUAUUUGCAGCUCGUCGGUCACUUUACAGGAAACGUUCAUGACCCGCAAUGAAGCCGGACUUUCAGGUGGUGCCUUGUAUGUCUCAUACAGUUCCAAGGGGGAUGGUAGUGCAACUAGUGGCGGUGCGUCCGGUUUUCCCCGGUUGCCUGCACAAGCCUGUUCCAACAUGUCAGACCCCCAGCGGCAGGCUUUGCUGCACUUGGUACGGCUUGAGAGCAACACUGCCCGACGACAGGGUGGAGCGAUCUUCCUCGCGAGAGCAGGCACACUGAAUAUCCUCAACUCAACGAUGCUUUUGAACAGGGCUUGCGAAGGUGGUGGCUCGUUGGCGGCACAAAACUGCUCCUCACUAGUGCUGCGUCAUAGCCUCAUUGCGGGGAACAGUGCAUCCGGUACCGGUGGAGGCUUCUAUGCCAAUGGCUGCAGGCGACUUCUCCUCGAAUACCUGAAUUUUACUGGCAAUGUAGCCGGAGUCUCGGGUGGUGGGCUGACUAUUUCCGGGUCGCCAAUCCAAGUGCCGGUGCAGAAGCAGGACAUCAGCGCAAAGGUUGAGGAGGGGGAUGCUUCUGAGUAUACGAGCAUGCUUCUACACAGAGUUCGCGUUUCCAGCAACUCGGUUUCAGAGUCUGUGACCAACAUGGACGUAUGUGGGAAUGAUGUUGAGGGUGUGGAGCACCUGGGGGGUAAGGGCAUGGGUGGGGGAUUGUCCAUCACUGGAAAAACGGUUGGCGUGCUUAGCCGGUCCAACUUGGAGGAGUCCAACUAUGCGUUGUUUGGGACAUCGAUUGCAUCAACGCAGCGGUGCUAUCCAGCCAACGGAACGUCUUCAUCUACUGCUCUGACAACUCUUCAGGUUACUGAUCCGAUCGAGAUGCAGGAUUGGGAUCGCACCUGGAUGCAGCUCGACAUGCUCGCGGCUAUGCAAUGCUGGAUUUUACAGCUCAGUGACACCCUACUGCCUUCGGUUGCAUUCACUGGAUCUGCAGCUGCAGCAGCGAUGGAUGAGGAACAAAGUGGCGCGACUCCAUCGGGGUCUUGGGCCCUUGGGCAGGCAGGACAGUUGCACUCUGUGAGGGCUAUCCACUACCCGCCGCAUGUGAUUAAUUGCUCCAUACUGAACAGUGUCCAGAAUGCGACCAGGAGUGAGCGGGCAACCAGACGACUGCCGGCACUUUGGCCUGACGAAAUGAUGAUCCGAACAAUUUGGGUCGACGACUUCCUUGCAUCUGCUCUGCAUGCAAGAUGUAGUCCUGGGAAUGAAACUAUCGAGCACUUGGUGAAAGCGCUCAGCCAGGCUGAGCAGUCUGGAAUGCAUGACUUUGACAUAGGCCGGACUGUGAUGGACCGCCUUGUUGAGUCUCGCACAAAGCGUAUCAACAGCGCAGAGUUUUUCGCUGGUCAGGUUCUGGGCCUGGUUACUGCCAACGGGACCGUCCGCGAGGCAGCUGAAAUCGCUGCGGACAUGGGCGGACUUUCUCACAAGCGGUUUGCGCAGCUAACCUCCCAACUUUCACAAUGCAUGAGCUUCCCGACCUUGUACACUGGGCCAGAGCGACAAAAGCUCUUGAUGCAGCUGCCGUACAUAGCGUUACCAGCAACUUACAUUGGCCUGCGCUUUGCUGAUGCUGACACCUCUACCAGCCAGCGCCUACAGCUGCAGCCGGGUGUUGUGUUCAACCUUACCGCCCAGCUGUAUGACAUGUUUGGCCAGAGAGUUGUUUGGGACAUUGCCCCUUCUACGAUAUCCUUGGCACUUCGGCCUCGGACUUCACCUGACGCCACCUACAAUGCGACGGUCGCUGAUGGGAGCGCACCUUUGCUUGAUAAUGACGUGGCCAACCUGGACGCCGGCCUGAACAGGAGCUUGACAGUGUCUGUAGUGAACGGGUCAGCGACAUGGGAAGGAGUCAAAGCAUACGCAUGGCCCGGUUUUUACAGUCUCAUGCUUUCCUUUUCAAGCAACUACUCGUCUUAUGUCAAGGUCACACCAUUGGAGAUGACACUGGAGGUUAUCCCAUGCCGUGUCGGAGAAACACUGGACCUGUCACGCAGCAACUACAAGCCCUCCUGGACAGGCUGUAAGACGUGUCCCUCUGGUCAGUACGGCUUGUGGCAUGACGACCGACCUUCUCUAACAGCUAUUUCUGUAGUUGGAGGAGACCUCAGCGGUGCCACUGUAACUGCCGGUGGUGCUUCUGGCAACCAGGGUAUUUACUAUCAAAGGAUGAAUGCUACUCUUUACGCCCAGGAUUCGGCUUGCAGAAUCUGCCCCAUAAAUGCUGUCUGCCUUGGAGGGGCUGUGAUCGUGCCCACCCCAGGCUACUGGCACAGUGCGGCCAACUCCACCAAGAUCCACACUUGCCCCAAUCCUUCGGCGUGUAACUUCGACGGUGACGUGAAAAUGUUUCCGGAUUGGCUCUAUAGCAUGGUCCUUCAAUCCGAAUAUCGAACAAAGCUCUUGGCGCGGUGUCAGCUUGAGUGGUAUGCAAGCACCUUGGGCCCAGUCCCGCAAGGGCGGAAUGGCACCACUACAUUGGACUUGACAUCACACGCACGGGAACUUAUGCAGCUGUUGCAGAAUUCAUCCAUUGAUCUGCUCCCAGCCGUUCUGCUGAACAGCGAUAAUCCGGCGUUCCAGAUGAGAGCUCCAGACCUCCCACGGUGUCUUGUUUCUGGAUUACCAUCCGGACACCCAGACUCCUACAUGCAGCAGCAGUGUGCGGAGGGCUACACAGGAAACCUAUGUGCAGCUUGUGUUCCAGGGUACUCCAUCGAUUCGGCUUUCAACUGCAAGCGCUGCCCCCAGGUGGCCCGCACCGUCGGGUUGGGUCUGAUGUCGUUCUUCAGCAGCGUCGGUUUGAUUUUGUUCACCACGGUGGCAAACUUUGCCGAAGGUUUUGGAGAGAAGAAAGGCGAACACUUGGCACAGAUGUUGGCCGCUGGUGGCAAGGCUGGCGAGCGGGUGGAGAUGGGAGACGUCGUGAAGGUUAUUGUCCUGCAUCUCCAGUAUCUCAUCAUCGAGAACUACCUUGUGUACAGCCCUAGCUGCCUGUUGCCCGGCAGAGACAGCGCCGGCCAGGCCUUCAUCCAGUGGCUGGCUGGCAUCCUGACGCCAUGUGCUGUUGCAACGGUAUCCAUGCUCUUAUGGGCCCUUCGGUACGCUUACCCGCUACGGAAAAUUGUAUCCCGAGCAGUCAUGGACGCUGCACGGUCAGCAUGGAUGGCCAUGGUGUACGUGCAUAAGCGAUGCCCGAACCGCAGCCUGCGGUAUGUCACCCAGCCGGCCGCCGUCUGCACGGACAACACAGCUCCUACAGCCAGUUGUGGCAGGGUCCCCGAGCACAGCCAUGUGAAUAUUUCGAUGCCUGGUUCCAACAAUGGGUCGACCUCGCUAAUUGCACAUGCUGGCAGCAUUGGCCUCCGCGAUGCUUUCAAGCAUGUCGGAGUCAUUGCUUUCGAUGCAGAGGAUGCGGCUGUGCCGCCUGCUGCUGGUCCUCCACUGCCGAGCUGCCCCGCAGGUCCAGCAGCCUGUACUCAACCUCAGCCUGCAGAGCUACCUGUCACAGCAAGCGUAGCGUUCACGAUAGACAGCAACACUUUGGAUACAGCCUCGGCCACGAAGCUCCCGCAGCUGCCGUCAUUGCCCACUGUACCAAGCGGAGAUUGCAGGCGUGUGGCUGGGUUGCCGCAUCUGCACUUCCGGGAUCCGAAUGCUGCUGCUGCUGCUUCCCGGGAGCUGGGUCGCUUGGUGAACCGUGAUAUCCCGGGAAUGCACCAUGACGAAGACCCUGGUGCUGCUGGCGGUUCCACUGCCGUCAGACCGACAUCUCUGCUCCCCGGUGCCAACAGCGUUAACUUGUUGGCCGGCGCACCAUCGUCGGUGUCACCGUGUGCCCCGCCGAACAUGCCGUACUACCUGGCUCACCCAUCGGAGGCCACACAUAGGAGGGUUCCCAAGGCGCUUUCGUAUAAAGGCUCACUGGCUGACGCUAUCAAGACGCUUCAGAAGCUGCGCGCGCUGGCGGCCAGCACGCAACUUACUAGCCAGGCGACGUUCGUGCAGGUGGAUAAGGCCAUGAGCUUGGUGGAGCAGCUGGGUGUGGUGCUGAUGGCGGCAGUCUUCAUUCUCUAUCCGAGCUGGGCACAUGCUGCUCUCUCUACGUUUGCAUGCUACCCGAUUGAUGGUGGCGAAGGACCGUUUCCUGAGACACAGCAGGCGCAAUGGCGCCACGGCUAUUGGCUGCGCAACAUGCAAGCGAUGUGCUACAGCGGAGACCACCUGCAUGUGUACGUUCCCAUCGGGGUAGUGGCAGUUGUGGUCUUCUGCGUGCUGCCCCCGCUGGUGUCUUUCAUAUUCGUGUGGCGCGUGCGAGGACGCCUGGAAGAUGCCCACGUGCGCAAGGUCUACGGCUUCCUCUACAAGCGCUACAAGCCACGCUUCAUCUGGUGGGAGACAGUGCUGCAGCUGGAGACGCUCAUCCUGGUGUCUGUCGAGGUGCUGGGCCGCGGAUUAAGUGUGUCGUACCAGGCUCUCCUGCUGCUUGCCGUGUUCACUGUCAUUGCGCUCAUCAACGUCAGCUGCGCUCCUCUCCUGUCGCGGCUGCUGGUGAUCAUGGAGUUCAUGUCUCUGGGAACACUCAGCCUGACCAUCACCCUCAGCCUGUACUUCACAGUUGGAGACGGGCUUAACCCCAUCGCAGAGGCACUCACCGGCACAGCUCAGGUUAUGCAGCAAAAGCUGGCCGUUAUAAGCCUGACUCACGGUAACGUGAACCCGAGGGGCUCCGACUCAGGCGAGGCCCGCAGCAGCAGCUGCGGAGGUGACACCAAGCGGGUGGCACAGCCAGCUCUCCUUAACCGCCUCGCCUCUCACUGGCGUGGAGAGUCAGCCGCUGCCCCAGCAGGUGUCGCGGCAUCGAGUAAGGAGGCCACGAUGGGGCGAUACAGGAAUCAUUCCGACGGGCUGGGCGAUAUCGGGAGCAGGGGCUGCCGAGCAGGCUCGGACUCACCUCCCGUGGGGACAUCCGUAAGGGGCUUAGACAUGGCGAGGGCGACCAUAUGCUUGCAAGACAGUUUAAACAGUAGCGCGCUAGAUCCAACCUACGAUGCGCCAAAUACGGCCAAGCCAGGCCAAGUCUGGAUUGCAUUAGAUGACGGAAAACGUUAG